AUGGUUUUCAACUUGUACACCACCAGCAGCUCGCCGGCUUCGGCCGAUAGUGGCCCAAUCAAACCCAUCUACCUCCUUCCGAGUUUUAGCUUGCCCUUUCGUCGACGCAGGCCAUCCACCACACUCACUCAGACAUACCAUCACCACCUGGACGACACUGAGUCCGAUGGCCUCCCAUCGCUUUCCAGUUCUCCCGAUUCAUUCACCACCGCCUUUUCAUCCGAUUACACCCCGAUUCAGCCAACAUCUACCCGUCUCUCCCCCACCCAACCCGACAUCCUUCGCUGCGCCCACUGCGCGUCCCACAUAGCCUUCACUUCUCAAAUCAUCAGCAAAGGCUUCCACGGUCGCCACGGCCGGGCCUAUCUCGUCUCACCCGCACCUUCCCAGGCCCCAGGCCCCCAUCCGUCUCCUGGCUUCUUUUCUUCAUUCACCCAUCACCCGUCAUCUGCUGUUAUCAGGACGACAGAACUGCCCAACAUCUUUACAGAAGCCCCCGAAAUCCGCCGCCUGGUAACGGGCCAGCACACCGUCGCCGACAUCACCUGCGCCGUGUGCGGGACCAAGCUGGGGUGGAAGUACGUGGAUGCAAAGGAGAGUUCACAAAAGUAUAAAGUCGGGAAAUUCAUCUUGGAGUGCGCGAGGGUCGUCACGUUUCGGAGUUGGGAGGAUUCGCCCAAGGACGAACAGGAGGGUGUCGUCGGUGACAUGGGGAAGAAUGGAAGGCGGGGGUUGGUCAAGGGUGCGAGUGGAAAACGGAAGCAAAAGGAAGCAGCUGCGGAGGAGACGGCGGUGCAAGCUGAAGAACAGGAACCCGUGUCGCCAACUGCGGUAGUCUUUGACUCGGACGACGACUCUGAAUGCGAUGACAUCUUUGCUGGAGUCUGGGAUGCCGAGACCGUGGCUAAGCGGCGCAAGGGGAAGCUGACCAACAUGAAGCCGCCUAGGGGAGGGCUUUUUUGGUCGUGA